AUGCCAGCAGCGCCGAAAACGGCGCAAAAGGUCGCGACCGUCGAGGCGCUCGGCGAGGCCGUCGCGGUCGCGGCUCCGGACGCCUUCGACUGGUUCGACCACUGGUACCCCGUGAAUGUCGUCGACAGCAUGGACCCGUCGCGCCCCCACAAGGUGCAGCUGCUGGGCCUGAACCUCGUGCUCUGGAACGACGGCGCGACCGUCGGCGGCGAGAAGGCCGCGGGGUCGUGGCGCGCGUUCGAGGACUCGUGCCCGCACCGGCGGGGCCCGCUGAGCGAGGGCCGCGUCGAGGACGACGGGACGCUGCUGUGUUCCUACCACGGCUGGCGCUACGACGGCUCCGGCGCGUGCUCGGACCUGCCGUACUCGCCGGAGAGCAAGCGGGAGCGGCACCAGUGCUCGGCGUCGUGCGCGUCGUUCCCCACCCAGGUCGCCGACGGCAUGGUCUGGGUCUUUCCCAACAGGGCGAUCUCCGCCAUCGAGGCGCUGCUCAAGCCCGCGCCUCUCGUCAGCGAGCUGCACGACCCGCGGCCGGGCGAGGACCGCGACUGGCAGGUGAAGAUCCCGGCCGGCGUCCGCGACUUCCCCUGCGGCUGGGACACGAUGGUCGAGAACACCCUGGACCCGGCCCACUUCUGCGCCGCGCACCACGGCACGCUCGGCGACCGCUACAGCGACCCGCGGGCCUACACCUUCAAGACCACGAAGAAGGUGUCGCGCGACGGCGGCUUCGAGCUCGACGGCGACAUGGGCUCGCUGGAGUCAGCGCUGGAGUUCGUGCCGCCGUGCCUCGUCAAGUACCGGCCCAACUACGGCGCCAUGCCCUUUGAAGGCGCGCUGGUGCUGGCGACGUACUGCGUGCCCACGGCGCCGGGGAAGGUCCGGCCGCUCGCGACGGUGCUGCGCGAUCGCGCGGCGCCCUUCGGGGAGACGCUCGCCGAGCGCGCGCUGGCCGUCUUCAUGGGGCCGACGUGGUUUCCGGGGCUGGUGCCGAAGUGGUUCGGCCACAUCGCGUCGUCCGUCGUGCUGCACCAGGACGCCGCGCUCCUCUACGAGCAGUACCGGAAUCUGAUCGACGAGGGCUACGAGCCGACGAAGCCCGGCUCGAAAUCCUUCAACCAGGUCUGCUACAUGCCCAACGACGUCGACCGGGGCGUCACGGCCUACCGGCGCUGGCUCCAGGUCCACGCGGGCGGCGGCGUCCCCUGGGCCUGCGACGACGCGCUGCCGCCGCGGGGCUCCGAGGACAUCUUCGACAUGUGGGACGCCCACACGAGCCACUGCUCCCAUUGCCUGGACGCCUACCGCAACUUCGGGAUCGCGCGCGACGUCGCCGCGGGCGCGGUCGUCGUCGCCGCGCUCCUCCCGGACGCCGCGCCUCGGUUGCCCGUGGGCCUCGCCGCCGCGGCCCUCGCGCUCGGCAUCGACCGGUUCAUGGGCCUCUUCCGGCGCUACGAGUUCUCCCACCAUGAUAAUGAUUAG